AUGGCAGAUCACAUUGUUUCUGCUGGUUACAAAGAUGUUGGUUAUGAGUAUGUUUCCAUUGAUGUAAGUAAAGUAAUCCACUGUGAUGUACAUGUUUUGUGUCACUGUUUUAUUCCCUUUAAGUGACGUAAAGUUCUGAAAGUGCCACUUUCAAUGGGGCAGUACUUUUCAAAAAUCCGAUACUAACUUUAAUCUACAUAAUUCUGACUUUAUGAUUCCUAGAUUCAACACAAUAACUUUUGGUAAACAUUCUAUAAAAUAUCUUGGUCUGUAUCCAUGGCGUAAAUUACCAAUAGCCUUAAGAACGUUAACUGAAAUUGAUAAAUUUAAAAAGAAAUUAGGAAAACUGAUUUGGCUGUUAACUUGACAGAAAACAAAUGUGGGUGGGAAUGCACCUUAUGUAACUCUUAAAUCUUUCUUGCUUUGUAUAUAUAAACUAUUUAUUUUAACUGUUAUUAUUUUAGUUUAUUGCUCUACCUAUAUAUUGUUUAUUUCAUAGUAUCCCCAAUUAGCUUCAUAGCUAAAGUACCUGACACUUGAAUAAAGUUUAUUAUCAUCAUCAUCAUCAUUAUUAUUAUUAUUAUUAUUAUUAUUAUUAUUAUUAUUAUUGUUCACCAAAGUAGAUAACACUGUUGUUUCAAACACUUGAAAGUUCUGAUUCUAUUAUUUAGAUGCUUGUACAUGUUUCCACAUGGUUAGUUAAAUCACUAUAAAUAAAAUGAAAACUGCCUCAGCCUGCAUUACUGGUAUGACCUUGGUCUACUCCACUGUUGUUGCAAUUCAAUAUAAGCACUAUAAAAUGCAAUUUAUUAUGUACCUAAGUUCUCACACAUAACACCAACUCUAUACAAACUUCGUUGGCUUCCUAUCACCUGUUGUGUCAAGUUUAAGAUUCUAAUAUUCUUACUUUCAAAUCAAUUUACAGACUGACGCCAUCCUUUCUUAGUGAUCAGUUUGUUACAGUUUAAGCGCAAGGGCUCAUAAGCAUUAUGCUCAAACAAUAGCCUAUUAUUGGAAGUUCCACAGGAAAAAAUACACAAGACACUUGGUGGCAGGUCUAUUACUUUUGCUGCACCAGCUCUGUGGAACAGCCUACUCGCUGACCUGCACAAUGUCAUGAUGCUUAGUGUUCUUAAGGACAAACUUAAGACAUUUUUGUAACAUAUGUAUUAAAUUUUUAUUUUGUGAAGCGCUAUUGAUCGGCUAUUACAUGUAAAGGGCACUAUACAUGAAUAGGUUAUUAAAUCGUUAUGAUGAUGAUGAUGAUUAUUAUUAUUGUUGUUGUUGAUGACAUCAAAGCUGCUACUAUUAUUUUAGGAUUGUUGGAUGGCACACAAUCGCACAGCAUGGGGAGAACUACAACCAAAUCCAACAGCUUUUCCUAAUGGGAUGAAGGCUGUUGCUGACUAUGUGAGUAUCCAAAUGAGGUUUAUAAUAAAGAGUGUUAGCAACAACAACGGCAAUGGGAAUGAUUGACAUGUCAAAAAAGCCAUAGUUUUAAGAAACAAAACAACAACCCUGCAAGUGCAGCACGCUUUUUUGUACAUUUCUUUGCCAUCAAUGCACGGCUACAUAUUUUUCUUUUUUUCUCUCCUCUAAACUCACACUGGGUCCUCAAGAAUUUUAUUUCAGGGAAAUCUACCAAAACCGUCCUAAGGGCUCUCAGUCCAACUUGUCAUUGGUCGGUCAUGAAUAAUUGAAAUACAGCUGUUUCCAGCAAUCAAUAAUUAUUAUUGAUUGUCAAUGAUAAAUUUAAAUCCAAAGUUCGUAAUGUUACGUCUGUGGUUCAUCACAAUGCGUACCAACAAUCCACUGAGCCAAUCAGAAGCUAAUGGUAAUUAACAAGUUGGUGAUGGUCAUGUGUCACUUUUGAUCAAUUUAGGACUUAAAAUUAACAACCUGUUUGCCAAAAUGUCUUAAGUUUGUUACACAUGAAGUUGUGUUGUUGGUUUUAUCCUGAGUCUACAUGUACCAGUAUAUAGUUCAUCUUACACAAAAGCCUAACAGUUAACAACUUGUGAAUGCAUGAACAAAACGACUUUGUCGGUGGCACUGGAAAUGUUGUUGGUUUCACAUCCCAACUGUAUGUCUCACUGGUCAAAAGUGUAUUAAAUUUGUCACACUUCAAGGGUGGAUGCAAAUUGUUUUCUUUUUUUGAAAACAUAUUUGAGUGUAAAAUGGUAAUUAUAUAAUAUUAUUUAUUUGUACCAUUAUUUUAUCCAGGUCCAUUCCAAAGGCCUUAAGCUAGGAAUUUAUGCAGGUGUGUUUGUAGUGUACAAUAAUAAAACAGCUGGGUCUGGAAGUGGUGGUGGUGGUGGUGGUGGUGGUGGGGGGCUGAUCCUGCACUCCUGUUCCUUUUUCAUGAAAAUCCCACAUCCCCCCUUUUUUUCUGGCUUUCCCAAAUCACGUUUUUAGUUUCCAAAAUAUGUAUUAAGUUAAAAGAUAUAUUGCUGCAGAAGCUUAUAAAUAUAAGAGGUUGGUUGAUCCUUUCGAUGAUAUUUUGAAUUUACGCAAGUUUUAAGGCCAUUGCAAGAAAGAACUACUUUCUGAACACCUGGGGCAUGCGCAAGAAAGAACAACACCAAAACUAUCACUGUCUGAUCCAAGGGUGCAGAGCUGAGAGACAUUUAAAAAAAAAAACAGGUCGUCAAACUUUAUGCUAACAGGAGGUGCACUUUCCUGGUGUUCGGUUUAACCAUGCCAGUGGGUCUUCUGUCUGCUCGUCUGUUGAUUACUUGACAGUUUAGAUAAUUUGCCUUGAUAUGAGAUACCACUGUAUGCUCCCCUGGUUGAUUCACAUUAGCUGCUAGAACAUAUGAUUUCCGGAAUUUCCAACAGACAGGCAAGACUAAAUCCCCCAUCCCAUGCCUAAAGUCUUGUGAAUCCUGCUUCCUGCAUAGAUGCAGUCAAAUCCCCAGUGAAUCCCAUUUCCGUCAAGGUAUUUUGCAUUUUCCCAAAUCCCACUUCCUUCACUGUAUUUUGUUCAAAUCUCAAAUCCCAAAUAUACCCUUCCAGGCCCAGAAUAAAACAAUGUUGUGUGAUUUUAAUGGGUUUUUUAAUUACCUGACUCAUUUUCAUGUGGUAUCAAUUAUUAUUGAAUAUACAUGCCUAUGCCUAUACUGUGUCUUGGUUGGUAUUUAUGUAUAUGCUACCGGUCAAAAUUUUUUUCAGGUUGAAAUUUUUUAACCUAAGUUGAUUCUCAAUUUCCCUUUUCUCCUAGCCCUAAUUCAAAAAUAAUUAGAGCUAGAAGACAAAGGAAAUUGAGAAUCAACCUAGGUUAAAAAAUUUUGACCUGAAUUUAAUUUUGACCUGUACUUUAUUCAGAUAUUGGAACUAGAACAUGUGCAGGAUUUCCAGGAACUGCAGGUCACUUUCAGCAGGACAUGGAUGUGAGUUGCUGGUUGCAUUGAUUUUUUUCUAACUUGACUUCCUUUUAUAAAGCAUUUUCACAAUGGCAUCAUGGUUGCUAUAUUGGUGCUCCAAAACAAUGAAAUGACAGCCAUGUUGGCUUACAAAGCCAUUCCUUUGGGAUAGUUGAACUCUUUUUUUUAUGUGAAAAUACUGGAUGGAUGCCAUGUUUUGUCUUGUUUUCAUGUGCCGUAUAAUUAGUCCUUGAAUCUAAAUCAUAAUAUUCAGGGAUGUCGCUAAGGAAUAGCUAAGCAGGCUUCUUCGAUCAUUAGACAAGCCUCCUUUUUUACUCAUUUUAUGCAUUCUGCUGUAUUUAUUAACAGCUUUAAUUUUACUGAUCAUUGUUCAUUCAAUCAGACAUUUGCCAGCUGGGGUGUGGAUUAUCUUAAACUAGAUGGAUGCAAUUCAGUUGAGGCAAAAUUUGGUACACUUUAUCCAGAAGUGACUGUGGCUUUAAACAAGACUGGUCGUCCUAUUGUAUUUUCUUGUUCUUGGCCAGCAGACCAGACUUUUAAGGAUAUAAAGGUAUUGUUCACGAAUUAAAAAGCGAAACAAAUGAAAAGGUAACAUUGAUAUUUAUUAAGUGAAUAUAUUAUAGACGCCAUUAAAUUUGAAAUGAUGAGAUUGCAUUUAUGAAAUGCAAUUCAAUCCUUUUACUUUUAAUAGUUGGUAAAGAAUAAUAUUCCUCUUUUUGUAGACUCGUAAGAAAUAAAUAGUGCCAUACAAUCAUUUUUCCAAAGAAGUUUCAUUGGAAUGGUAACACCAUAGAAUUUUGUCCAGACUCAAAAGUUAGAACUACAUACAUAGUACCAAUUUAAAUUGUGAAAGUACUGCUGAAGACAUUUCAUUUGAAUGGUAACACCAUAGGAUUUCCUCCACAGAGAUUUUAAGGUUAGGGCUUGACAAUCUUGCAAUAAUGCUGUACAGGAGUGAAAUAGGAUAAGGAUUUGUGUUCUAUGUUACCUGUACGAUGCCUGAAUUUCUAUUGAGAUAUGAAUCCACUAAUUUAACUGACUGUCUGCACACUGGGUAAGCCAUGGACUCAUGUGUUCCCAUUAAAAGGAAUGAGACUGUGUGAAAGAUAAUUGUGUUAGUGAUUUUUUUGUUCCACCCUUUCUUGGAAGUCACUGAGCAUAAAAGCUUUUUGUUGUACUAAAAUAGUUUUUGUUUUUAUCAAACAGCCAAAUUACAUGCAGGUUGCUGAAAACUGUAACUUAUGGCGCUCCUGGUGGGAUAUGGAUGUGAGUACCAUGCUACUGGUCUUUUCGCUACAAGUCAUCUCGCAGUAGGGUCUUUUUGCAUCAACUUGUCUUUAAAGCGUCACAACUCUUGCAGUGAAACCAAAAAUGCUUUGCAGCAAAUCAGCUUCAGGAUGCAGUGAAAUGACCAGACAAAUUAACACUCUAGAAGAAAAUUAUAAUUAAAUUUUUUCACUGAGACAUUUGGAAAAGGAAGAGGAUUGGGAAGUGAAAUUUCUGUUCACUUUUCAAAAAGGUUUUGUCCAGCUGUUUAUCUCUUUAUAAAGGGAUGACAAAGAGGAUCAAUGUGAAUUAACUGUGAAAACAAAAUUGUGUGAAAAUAGUAUAGCCUGUUAAAGCAAAGCCCUGGGGGGGGGGGGGGGUACUCCCCAUACAUUCUCUUAAAUGAAAUCCAAACGAUGUUCUCACAACUUGCAAAGCAAUCAGCAAGGGUCUUGCCAGUGGAUUUGUGUACUGAUCAUGUGCAUUACGUCAAAAAUCAUAGAUCAACAGUUUUGAGAAGGAACAAAAACAUUGCUGUUCAAGGCGGAACUGUUUCGUUUAUUCAAUUUUUUAAUCAUUUUCUCUGCUGGGUGGCUUCUUGAUCUAACAAAAUAUUUACUGUGGGAAAAAUGCUGCCAUUAUCUGCUGAUCACCAUGCAGGGUGACCGCUUUGCAAGUUGUGAGAACACCGUUUCUCAGUCCCAGACCUCGUCUCUUCCACCCCCUGCAAACACCUAUUUGUAUAAUCAUUCAGGAUGUAACAAGGACUUAUAAGUUUGCUUCUCUGUUUACAUCAAAGACAAUGGAAAGUAUUUGAUAAAAUGCUUUUGUGAGCUUGUGAAACGAAAGUGAGAAAAGGUGUCUUGCUUUGUAGGCUUAAAACUGUUACUACUUUUUACAACUGUCAUUUUUGUGUUUUGUUUACGUUCUGUAGACAAACUUUGGAAGAGUUAAGUACAUAAUAGACUGGAUGGGUCAAAACCAAGAUGAUAUCAUCCCAGCCGUUGGGUGUGGCAAGUGGAAUGAUCCCGAUCAGGUACUUAGAAGAGCACUGUUGAUAUGUGUAAAUUGGCCUUUACAAACAAACCUGUUUAACCAAGUCACCCCCAUGUAAGGAAAUCCAAGACAGCAUUGGAUUUUGGAUUUCAUGCCGUGUAUUCUGGAUUCCAGGUUCAAACUUUAGUGGUAUUCUUUAAGCUGUAUUCUGGAUUCCAAUGCCCAGGAUUUACAGGAUUCCGGACUACAGACUCCGGACUCCCUUCCAUGUGGCAAAACCACGUGAAAGAAAAACACUUGCUACUAGGAAGUGCUUUGUGUUUAACUCAAUAGGGCCAUUUAUACGAGGAAAAAUAGGACGCGAACUUUCCGUAUAAACGGCACAUUUCGCCUAAAAUAAGACGCGGCUUAGCCAAGACGCGUCUUAUUAGAUAGGACAUGCUCGUAUAAAUGGUACAGUUCGCGUCUUAUUUUUCCUCGUAUAAAUGGCCCUAAUGUUACGUUUGCAGCAGUCAUUAUUCUUAUCCCAUAUAUUAAUUAAUUAAUUUUUUUAUUCGGUUCACAGCUUGUUGUUGGGGAUCGAGGCUUGACAGUUGAUGAGUCCAAGGUUCAGUUUGCUAUCUGGGCCAUUAUGGCUGCGGUAAGCUCACGAGUUUUCAGUUUACAGAAGCAAUAGUGCUUUUUCUUAAAAUUCUCUUGAACUGUGGGAUUUUGCUAAUUUUAACCUCUUUUUUUGUUAUUUUGUUUGUUUAUAGCCUCUACAAAUGUCCAAUGACCUCCGCGAUUUCCCAGACUGGGCUAGAGAAAUAUUACAAAACCGGUAAAGUCUUUUCUUUGCUGUUUUUGAACAGGGAAAUUCCCCCAGGACGCGUUUAUUUAGAGAAAAGUUUUUGCCCCGGGCAGAAAAGUCACCCGCCAACCCCAGCUACCAAUGCGCCAACUUUUCAUACAUUUCCUCACACAACGUGGCAAACCAUUUACACAUAAGAAACAAAAAGUUGUUUUGGCUAGAGCUCCAUAUAAACACUUGCCUCAACCAGCCAGGGUGUGCUCUAGGCGAGACAAUUAGAGCAUGCGCGAGCUCUGUUGUCUACAGUCAGAGCAUGCGCUUUCGCUGUUGGCUCGGACAAAGGGGUCAACUGUUUCCUCAUAGAAACACUUGGUAAAGUUGACUUGGCUUGGUUUUCUCCAUUUAUUCGGAGCCUUAUUUAGUAGAGAAUAAAUGAACAAAACACAAGAAAUGUAUAUAUCAUACCUGAAACUCAAUGUGAUUUCUUUUAGUAAUAAAUUAUUCCUCCAAUCCUUGGAGCCAAGAGUGAGUUUCAAUGGCAACCGGUCAUUUCGCUCCCUAGUCAGUCACUUCGCCGUGGUUACUUAGCCCCCUAUUUUCGAGUCAUUUAGUGCGCUUCAAAUGUAAUAUUUCUCCAAGCCAUAAAGCAAAACAAGCGCGCCUCAAAUGCAACAUUCCUCGUUCUAUAAGCCAUAAACCAAAACAAGCACGCUUCAAAUAUAACAUUCCUCGUUCUGGAAUAGUGGGCUUAGUAACCGGGGCGAAAUGUCUUGGGGGCGAGAUGACCGGUAACCAUUUUCAAUUUAUCGCAACUUGUCUGUUUAAUGCUUAGAGUGCCUAGCAGCGCCCGAAUGGAGAAGGGGCGAGAUCGGCUACGCUGCAUCCGCUUUCUAACGUUGAUAAUUGUUGUACACUUACUUUUACGUACAAUAGCUGCUAAAGAGACACUUAACAGACUUAACAGCUUUCUGCCGAUGCUUUUCCUCCAUUCUUCCGUUAUUGAUAUGUUUUAAUUCAUUUUCAGAGAAGUCAUCGCUGUAAAUCAGGACAAACUCUGCAAAAUGGGACGAAGAGUUUUUAAGGCAAGGAGUUCGUUAGUAGCGUACAUGUUGGCGUUUUGUGAAACGCGCUUCAGUGAUGUUCAGAUGCCCUUCGCCUUCAUCAUUUUGACAGCACAGUGUUUUUGUUGUUGGUUUUUUUUUGGCAACUGACAGAAGUGCCUUUUGCAAUAACUGCGAGUUCAGUUCAUAGUGAAAAUCAUGAGAGUAAUGGAUCAUGAUCCAUCCUUCUUAGAGCCAUCGUUCCUCAGUAAAUUUACAUUUUAAGGCUACACGAUUGAAACUGGGUAUCCAAAAUAACCUUUCUCAUGAAUUAACUGAAACGUUUUAUGGUCAGUUCCCUGUUAGCCUGCGUAAAAAGCGUUUGCGCGCGAGUUUGUCGAGAACGUUGGGUAAAGUGCUAGAACGAGGAAAGAUGGGGAGGGGAGGGAGUGAAACUUUUCCUCUUUUCCCUUCCGCCUCCCCCUUCGAUCUUCCAUUUCUUUUACUCUCCCUCUAACGUUCGUGCAAUAACUCGAUUGAAAACUGAACACUUGUUACGCAGGCUAGUUCCCUGUCCUUGACUUUUAAAGUCUGUCUUUGUGGUUGUUUUCAGGGUGAAGAGACUGAAGUCUGGGCUCGUCCUUUGUAUGAUGGCUCAGUAGCUGUCGCCUUGUUUUCCCGAGCACAGUACAAAGGAACAAUGUUUGCAUCAUUUGAAAUGGUAAGCACCGUUUGUUCACCCAAUAGGCUGAAAAAAUCGCCUUGGGCCGUCUAAUUUUGGAAGACGUGGCAAGCGAGAUCUGGGCAAGGGACAAAACUACUCUGGGCACUGGGGAAGGGGGCUGAAAAAUAACCAGGGUGGGAAUGGUCAGGCUUCCUCCACCGACUUUGAACGGUAAAAUCUCUUUGGUUAAUUUCAGGUUGGACUGCCUUCGUCAAUGGCUACGGCCCGUGAUCUCUUUGAACACAAAGAUCUUGGAAAAUACCAAGACAUGUUUAUGGCAGAAGUAAAUCCGAAUGGUGUGGUGAUGGUCAAAUUAACUCCAGUAAAGGAAUUGCCGCACACUUUUUAA